AUGUCAACACCUAUCAGUUCAUCUACAUCUACCUCUUCAUCAGGGAUUAAUGGCAAACAAUCGACCUCAUCAAACUCGUUGAAUGGCAGCGGUGCCAAGCAACAACAACAACAACAACCUUUGGGUGCAUCGACGACCCCACAGUCAGCGCCAUUGUCUGUCAUUAGCGUAUCAUCUUCACCAAAACCAACCAACAACAGUAAUAGUAACAGUAACAGUAACCCACCUACCCCAUCAUCGCCGAUGCCAGGUAAUGUGGCUACACCCAACCACCACGCGCACGGUGCUAUCAGCGAUGACUCGGGAUCGGGUAUCCCAGCCAACGCCAAGACCAACCGUCUACGUGUCGACUACAAGUUUGACGAAUACGAAGACCACUUUUUUGCCAAAGCAAUCAUCAACGAUCCACUUAAAAUAUCCCUUAUUCCAGACUUGUUAACUAUUCACUCUGAAAAGAGACAAACAAAGAUUAUUGGUUCAAAUAUUCCUAUUGAUUUAGUACCAACAAAUUUACCAACUGGAAUUCAAGAUUCGUUAAAGGUGUUUAGUCAAGAAUGGACAGUCAUCAAUAGAGAGGCAUUCCCAACACCAUCGAGUGGAGUGAUUCCUCUCAAACCAUUGCAAGUGCAAUCAUAUGAAUGCGACGACGAAUACGAGGCUGGAACACCAGCUGACGCAGUCAAGGAAUGCAACAGAGAGUUGAUCGAUCACUCACAAACAUCACUCCCCGACCCCAAAAUAUUGGAUGCCGUCAAAAACAAUAGACUACCAUUAUUCCAAACUUAUUUUGCCGAUGAAUUACAACCAAUUGAACCUCCAAAAAUUCCAAGACCUUUAACUGAAAAUCCAUCAUUCCAAUUUCAAGUUGAAUGUAAUGAAUUUAAAACAUUGAUUGGUGAUAUUGAACCAUUCUUUGGUAGAAUGUUUUUAUUUGAUGCAAAUGCUGAAGAAUCUAAAAAUCAAGUCAUCUCUGAAAUCUUUCAUUUUGAUUUUAAUAAUCAUCUUGAUUUAUUACCAAAAUCUACUGAUAUUGAACAAGCAUGUAGAGUAAAGAAAGCUAUAUUUUCAGUAAAUAGACCAUCAACUCAUGUAUAUUUAAUUAUUUGUAUUGAUAAAGUAAUGCGUGGUGAUCCAGAAGAAACUACUAAAAUCUAUUUAACUAAUCCUGGAAAACCAAAAGAAAUUCAAAAAUUCCAACAAGAAGUUAGAGAAAGUAUUCCAAAAAUGGGUACAUUUAAACAACCAUUUGUUUGGGGUUAUUUAGAACUAUUUGAUCAAAAUAAUCAAUUCCUCUAUAAUACACCAGAUGUUGCUGUAAAAGUUCAAAAUUUAACUCGUACCAAAGGUGAUCUUUAUAAUUUUGUUACUAAACCAGAGAAGAAACAAAAUAAUUGGUGUGAAUGUUCAAUUAAAGUAUCAAGUGGAGAACAAUUAAAAACAGGUGCUCAGGAUACUAGAAUUGAUUAUUUAUUGAGACCUGUUUAUUACCCAAUUCCCAGCGAUCAAACUCCAAUGAGCAGAGAGAUUAUGACAUUUGAUAAUCCAAGCGAACCAAAUAUGGAUAUGGGUAUUUCGUACAGCAAUGUGCUCUAUUUCUACCCAAAGUCUGUCAAUCUCAACAAUUUCAAGAGCGAUAAAGGAAGCAGCGCGAGAAACAUCUUUUUAGAAGUAAAGUUGUUGGAAGAUGACACCAAUGUCAAUAAUAGUGGACUUCGAUCAAUCUAUGGACAGUCCAGUCAACCUCUAUUGACACGUCGCUUCUAUUCGACGGUCGGUUAUCACAACCGUAAACCAAAGUUUAGUGACGAGAUCAAGAUCAACUUGCCUGCCAACCUUACACCUGCCCAUCAUAUCCUCGUAACCUUUUAUCAUUUGGGAUGUCGUCAAUCGAAAAAGGGUGACAAGCCAGAAGUAUGUUUGGGUCAUACUGCCAUCCGUCUAUUUGAGAAUGACCAAAUCAUUGUCGAUGGCAAGUACAAGAAACCAAUGGCCACGGUAUUCCCACCAAAAUACUUGGAUAUGGAAGCCAAAGAACAAACCAAUAGCAAAAUGUGGGUAGACAAUAAGAAACCAGUCUUUGCAUUCCGUACUCGUACCAUUUCAACAUUGUAUCCACAAGAUCCUAUUUUGUCGUAUAUAUUACGUGAAGGUGCAGACUCUGAUCAAAAUCAAUUGAUAGAGUAUCUCAAAAAGAUUGGUGAUGUUCCAAACAUGCUCAAACUCAAUUUCUUCCCAUCACUAUCUCGUGUCCUAUUCAAGUGUAUUGCAUCACUCUCCAAAGAACUCCAAAAGAAUGCAUUCAUUGCACUGCUGACAUUGGUCGAUGCAAUCAGUCGUGAAUUAAAACAAGACGAUCGUCUCUUGUCCUACUGUAAUUAUAUUUUCAAUAAUUCAAGUUCAUCCAAUCAACUCUACGAAGCUUUGGUUCAAACUUGGAUCUCCAUCCUAGAGACAAAAGAUGACAAGAUUUGUGUUCUCUCUUUACAAUAUUCUUGGUUCCUUUUUAAUAUUACUCGUAAAUCAAUGAUUAUUGAUAUUGAUAUUAAAGGUUUAAUUAAGAAUGGACGUAAUAGAACAAGUAGAGUUAGUGAAGAAUUUGCUGGUAAAUUUAAAUAUCUAUUUGAAUUACUUUUGAUUCAAUUGAAACAAGUUUAUAAUGUUAAAUUAAUGAUUGCAAAAUCAUUUAUUGUUCAUGUUUCUUAUUUCAUUGUUGAUUUAUUGGAUGUUAUGAAUAGAGGUUUCAUUUUCCGUCUUAUUUAUUCAUAUGUAACAGGAUUAGAUAGUUCAAAUACAGUUAUGGAAUUAACUGAACUUAAAUUUACAUUUUUAAGAGUAUUGGCAUCAUCUGAAUCAUUUAUUGCUUUAAAUUUACCAUCUACUUUUGUAUUCCCUGAUAUUUUAGAUAUUCAUACUCAUUAUUAUAAAAAACAUGUAUUAGUAGGAUUAUUAUUACAAGAAGUAUCAAAUAUUAUAGGAGCCAAUGAAAAAGAGAUGAGAUUAAAGGCAAUAUUGACAUUACGAGAGAUUAUGUCUAGAUAUGAUCAAAGUGAUCAUUACAAUACACCAGUGAUUAGAGAGAGAAUUGCAGCACUGUAUUUCCCAUAUGUGAUGAUUGUGGUUGAAAACUUUGAUGCCCUCUACAAGUUUGAUCAGGCUGAACUCAAAAACUGGUUGAUUUGCUUUAUCUAUGUCGUCAAGAAUCUCAUCAAUGGAACAGUGAUUACGGAUUGGUGGAAAAAGGAAACGCAAAAGAGCAAAAUCUCAACAUUCUUUGCUAUUCUUUCAACAAGUUUGACAUUGUUUGAAUAUGGUAAUGAUAGUGGUCCAGAUAGUGCUGUCAGUAACAGUAUCUCUGCAUCAACUGGAUCGGGUGAGACUGGGUCCACUACUGACUCUCCAUCCAAGGGAUCACGUAAAAACAACAAGGAUGAUCAAAACAAUAAGGAUGGAAAAGUAUCAAUCUUUAAAAAGGUUAAAGGUAACGGUGGUCAGCAGAUCAACAGAGAGACUGCCAAAGUAUUGUUGGAGCAGUACACUAAUAACUUGUCAAAGAGUGACCGAACCUACUCUGUGUCACAGACAUCGUCACCAGUAUCGAUGCCAUCUAUUAGCACUAGUCUCAAUAAUGUGCCACCACCAUUGACAAGUCACGCAUCGUCCAUGUCGUCGAGCAGUACAUCGUCAACUGCUUCAUCGUCCAAUAAUCCAAACAAUGGGUUCCGUUCAUUCCACAAGUCUAUCCAUCUAUUGACAUCGACCAUGGAACCUGCAGUCACGGCCGAAAUCCACUCGAUCAUGCACGGCAACUUGACACAUGAAGUGUCCAUGACUGUACUCAACUGUCUCGUUGUCUAUAUCAAGGAGAACAAGGAACCAUUGCGCUCGCAGCAACACAAUCAGGCUGACGUCAACAGCGGCAAGUUUAGCGUGUCGCUCGAACGUAUAUUCAAGAUUGUCAUCCAACUCAUCAAGAAACAGCAGUCUCACACCUUCCUACGUCUCUGUUUCCUCGUCCUUGCAUCGAUGAGCAAUGAAUUCAAGAUUGCCCUGUUCCGCAACCAAAACACGAUUUGCUCUGAGCUGACACCCGAGAUUUUCAAGUAUUGUACGGUCAAUCACGCGCCAAACCGUCAAUACGCCACGACACUCAUCUUUUUGCUCAUUCAAAACAAUCUUCGUGAGAUGGGACACUUUUCACGUAUGAAACUCCAAUCGACCGUAUCCGUCUCCAAGAUUGUCAGUGAGAAUGUCAAAGAGAAUGAGGUCAAGGACUUUGAAACGCUCUAUGCCUGUCUUGACGCGCUGACCCGUUUUGUCAAACAAUAUUGUAACAAUAACCUCCUCAAGAAUAAUAACCAGUCAAUGUUUGGCAGUGGCAAUAGUGGUAGUGGAAGCAACCCAUCACAACAACAACAACCCAUUGCAAAUCAAAUUGAGGAAUUACGUGACCGUCUGUUUGGUGUCAUUCGAAACUCUGUCAAGAUCCAACAACAUGGAUACGACCCAGAGAUGAAGGCUGAUCUCUACCACCAACUCUCCAACACGUUUAUCGAGUCUCCCGAUUUACGUAUCACAUGGUUAAAGUCAUUGGCAGGGUUCCUCCAAACAACUGGUAACUUUGAAGAAGCUGCACAGACGUUUAUCAUCACUGCAGCACUCGUAGACGGUUACUUGAAACAACUCAAACGAUUCCACAAGAAUUUACAAGUCGAUUUUGGUAAUGUGUCUCCCAACGUUGCACUCGAUCUCAAGGUGUUACCUGACCCUUCUCUACUCAAGGCUGUUGAAGGUGAAGUGUGUCAAAUGGAAGAUUUUACUGAAAAGGGUUUUAUCAAUCUGCUUAAAGAAGCUAUCAAGGUUCUCAAGCGUGGUUCCUUUUUCGAGAGUUGUAUUGAAACUUAUCAAUUACUCCUUCCAACCUAUCAGAAGAAUAGAGAGUGGAAACGUCAAUACGAGUGUUAUUCCGAGCUAGUAGUACUCUGUAACCAAAUGAUUUCAGAGAGCACAGUCAAUCAACGUCUCUUUGCCAAUUAUUAUCGUGUAGCCUUUUUCGGUAAGAACCUUUUACCUGAAAUCCAUGAAAAGGAAUACAUCUACAAGGAAUUGCCAUCGGUUCGUCUAGCAGACAUUUCUGAACGUCUCCAAAACCAAUUCCGUGGCAAGUUUGGUGAUGACAAGUUCCAUCUACUCCCCAACAAACCUGUCGAUCGUUCAACCCUCAAUCCAGAUCAUAUCUAUCUUCAAAUCAUCUCUGUUGAACCUUAUCUCUUACCUGAAGAAUUAAAAGAACGUGUUUCAACUUUUGAUCAAAAUACUAAUCUUAAUAAAUUCAUUUUUGAAGUACCAUUUACAAAAUCUGGUAAAACUCAUGGUGAUGGUAUAACUGAUCAAUGGAAACGUAAAACAAUUCUUACAACUGUAUCUUAUUUCCCAUAUUUGAAAAAGAGAUUAUUAGUUUGUAAAAAGGAUGAUAUUGAAUUAACACCAAUUGAAGCCUCAAUUGAAAUUAUUCAAAAAAAGACACAAGCAUUGAGAGCAGAAUUAAAUUCAGCAUUGCCAAAUACAAAGACAUUACAAAUCAAUUUACAAGGAUGUCUAUUGUUACAAGUCAAUGCUGGUCCAUUGGCCAUUUGCAAUUCAUUCUUGGAUGCCGAAGAAUUUGCCAAACACAAUGCCGAACAUAUCACUAGACUCCAAGAAAGUGUCAAAGAGUUUACCUUUGCUUUGGGUUCCUCUGUCAAAUUGAAUCAUAAUCUCACUAAAAAUGUCGAUGGCGGUCAAGAACUCCAGAUCCAACUUGACAAGGGUUACCAAAAUUUUAGAGAAAAGGUUAAACAAUAUGUUAAAAAGAAGAAAUCAAUGGAUAAAAAUAAUAUUGUAUCACCAUUUAUAUUCUUUUAUGUAUUUAGAAACAAGUAUCUUAGACAGAUUAUAUUUAAUUAUAUACCAUUAUUUAUAUUAUCACCAGACAAUGUUUAUUUCAUCAAUACCUCCUUUGAAAGUGAGAAAGAUGUGCAUGUGAUGGUAUCAAAAGUCAAACAAUAUGAUUUAGAUCGACGUUUGACAACACCUGCUUGGGAUUACAAUCUAUUUAGUUGUGCCUUUAGAUUGACACCAGACUCUCAAGAUUGGAAUGGUGUGUUGUGGAGUAGACGACCCAUCACAUUGACCCGUGGCUUUAAAGCUUGUUUUACCUUUCAAAUCAAUGUCACUAAACCAACUGGUACUGGUGAUGGUCUAGCAUUUGUUAUUCAAAAUGCUCCAGAUAAACAUAAAACAUUUAAAAAGACUGAAGGUUCUGGUAUGGGUUAUAAUAUGAUCCCAAACUCUUUAGCAAUUGAAUUUGAUACAUGUAAAUUAUAUGAUGAUCCAAAUAAUAAUCAUAUAUCAAUUCAAACAAGAGAUAAAGAACCAAAUAACUUUAGGCACAAGUAUUCAAUUGGACAUGGAUCACCUACGAGUAAGAUGGAUGACGGUAUUCCACAUGAUUGUGUUAUAGAGUAUGAUGUGUCUUCUCAACCGUCUCCAUUCUUUUCAGUGUCGCUGGAUGGUCAACAAGUCAUUAAACAGGUAGUAUAUGACCUCAACCGUAUAGGUCUUGACCCCAAAGGCAGAGCUUAUGUUGGAUUUACCUCUGCUACAGGUCGGUACACUCAAUAUCAUAGAAUCUUACAUUGUACUAUUUUUAAAUAA